CAUCCACUUCCCACUCCGGAACAACAACCAGGACACCAUCACGGCCAUUGCCCAUUGCCCAUUGCCCACGGAGAAGGGUCAGCACAAGUCUAUCAUGACCGACCAACACCCCACAUAUUUAGAACCGAGUGAACUCGGCACCAAGGACUACUGGGAAAGCUACUACGCCCGCACCCUCUCCCACCUCUCCUCCAAACAACCCGCUCCCAUCGCGUCUUCCUCGACCAACAAACCCAGCCCCCAGCAGCCCCCGUCUACUUCCCCCGAUGAAGAAGCCGAAGAAGACUCCGAAGACGACGUAGACGACGACUCCGACCCCGGCACCUCCUGGUUCUCGGAACACAACGCCCCCGAAAAAGUCUUGGAUUUCCUCACCGACGAGACCUUUCCCCUCGCGCCGUGCCACACGGAACCCCUCCCCGGACAUGCAGCGGAAGGCGAAGAAGCGCAGCUCCCGCAGCCCUCCAUCCUCGACCUCGGCACCGGCAACGGCAGCAUGCUAGCGCUGCUCCGGAAACGCGGCGGCUUCCGGGGCGCCAUGGUCGGCGUGGAUUAUUCGGCGCAGAGUGUGGAGCUCGCGCGGCGGUUGCAGGCGUUGCGGAUCCAUCGCGCUUAUCUUUCUGAUUCGGAGGAUGAGGAGUCGGAGGAUGAGGGGGAGGGGGGAGGGGAGGGGACGAAUAUUCGCUUCGAGGAGUGGGAUAUCCUCUCCUCCUCUGCGUCGCCGGUGGCGGAAGGGCUGGCGUGGUUCCCGUACGAGCGCCGGGGCUUUGAUAUUGUGUUGGACAAGGGGACGUUUGAUGCUGUUUCUUUGUCGGCAGAGGUGGUCUCUGGCUCUUCGGGGGAGGGGGAGAGUGCUCCGGGGACUGAGGGUGAAGGUCAAGAGAGGAAGGGGGGAAAGAUGGUGCAGAGGCGGGUUUGUGAACGGUACCCCGGGAUCGCCAGGGGGUUGGUGCGUCCCGGCGGGUUCCUCGUGGUGACGAGUUGUAACUGGACGGAGGAGGAGUUGGUGGAGUGGUUUACUGCUUCUGCCGAUGAUGGGCAGAAGGAUAGGUUGGUGGUUUGGGGCAGGGUCGAGUAUCCCAGGUUUCGCUUCGGGGGCAGGGAAGGGCAGGGUGUCUGUACGGUUUGUUUCCAGCGGGUGGUUGCUUAGAUCUUGGUUUUCUGUGAGUAUGAGUAGAGAAUAUGCCUUAGAGUAUGCCAUCUCAUUUUUCUUGAGGUUUGGGACGUGGGGAGUUGAAGUGGUGAAAGUGGUGAAGUGGGGGGAGGGAACAUCUCGGUGGUCGUAGAGCGAAGAGCCCCGG